CUAGAUAUCGGUGCACAAUGGACACAAACACCGCUGUGGAAAGCCAAGGGGUUAUAUCGAGCACUAGCGACGGCGGAAAAUUAACAUUUAGUGAGGUAGAAUGCGUUACCAAGUCGUGGAUUGUAGACUUCUACUUCUUGUCUCUGUGUCGUUACUAUAAAGAAAAAAACGUUGCGAAGUUUAGCAAAACUUUAAGAGCUUUUGAAGUGAUCGUCGACGAUGACUGCCAUCUGCAGGAUGUUCAGCAAACGAAGAGAACAAUCUGUUGUUUCCUUUCUAGAAUUACGGAUGGGAAAAACUUGGACGUGCACUAUGACCCUAAUAGCAGCAUUACUCCACUGAUGUCGGCCCUCCAAGUGUGGGAGUGCCUGAAGACUGCAGUGGCUGAUACUAGCCUGCAUGAUAACGUCAGAGUCCUGCUGUUUGUUCAGUCUGUGGGUGUGUGUUUGGAGAUGGGGAAGGUGCAGCUAGCGGCAGAGACUCUAAAGUGGCUCGAAACGGAGACUGACUUACCACAGAAAUUGCAGCGAAAACUGUCCACAGUUUUGAACAAGAAAGAUGCCCAUGAUCAACUGCUAAUGAGUUUCUCUUAUAACCGUCUGAUUGAGAGUGUCAGCACGUUCCUGGACAUGUUUCUUGAGGAAUAUCCAUCUGACUUUUUACUAAAGGCUGCAUCACAAGUUGUCCAAGUUCGUCAGGAGAGAUCAGAAAGGGAAGAAUCCACACCAACUAGCCACACAUCAGAAAUUUCUGCAAAAAUUGAGGAACAAAUAAUUUCAUCCGAGUUAAAUCUGAGACCCAAAAAGAAAUUGUUCUCAACAAGAUCUAUUCAUCCGUGGAAACCUGAGACUGCAAAGAAGUCCCUGUGUGUCCCUCGCAAAACGUCCAGAUUAAAAGUGUCCAGACUGAGUUUUAAAGACGAGCAGGGUUUGGCCAGCCUUCCUUCAGACAAGCAGGGUUUGGCAAGCCUUCAACACAGAGGAAAGCGGAUGUGGACUUGGGAAGAAGACAGGCACCUGAGAGCUGGGGUGAAGGCUUAUGGUGAGGGAAAAUGGGCCAAAAUCCUGGAGCAGUUUGAAUUUCCAGAGCGCACCAGCGUCAUGCUUAAGGACAGGUGGAGAACCCUUAAGAAAAAUGGAAAGGACUUCUGAGGUUAUCUGAACUCUCCGUGACUUUCAAGCAACAGCCCGUGGUAGCUAGCCAAAUGUUUUUGCUUACAAUAACAGGAAAGAUUAAGUGGAGUAAGUUAUUGACCAUAAAGACGCAAGCUGUCCGAGCAUCUUAUGCAGUUACUCCACACACCUGCUUAACCUACUGUGACACAUCCUCAACAUUAAUCGUGUUUCAGUAGCCUGAAAUUUCAUGUUGGUGUGCCAUUUGGAAAUAAGAAUUGGAGCAAAGAUUCUGUUUUUAGUUUAUCUACAUUUGUAUAAUUGUUUCUAAAUGCCUGCAGGAAUCGAAUGUUUAUCAGUUUGAAUAAUUCCUUUGAAAAGAGAAAACCGGGGGCUACAGUUCUAUUAUUCAUGUUUGUUUCAAUUCUUGUAUUCUUGCAUCAACAAAUAUAGGUAGGUUUAUAUGGUGACUCCUGAUCCAGUCAAAUGUAGUGUGUUUUGGGAAACCUAAUUAAACUUGACAUGCUUCUCUUUA